GUAAAAAAGUUACAUUUCCUCAGGGCGAACAAACCACAACUUAAUAAUAGUGACAAAUAAGUUGGAUAUUUCAUAUAUGUUUUAAUUUCUCAUACACUAAACCCACUCAUACACAAAAUAUAACUUAACCUACUAUUCACAAUCACUACUCGGUUUAUUGAAUGAUUCAGUUAAUGUGCUUUCUCUUAACUAAAUUAAGAUUAUCCACGUAUAUGUAAUUACAAUUUUUUAACUCUACUUUUCGAUUUCUGCGUUUAAGCUGUUAGUUAUAUUUGAUAAUUCACUCUCUUAUUGUUUUAAUAUUUCCCAACAUGUCGAUUCUAUGGCAUUAACUGUUAAGCUAAGAUUAAAUCCAAGAGCAGAGAAGGCUAGUUAACCCUAACUUUUUUGUUAUUUAAAAAUGGCUGCAACAUUACAUCGUGGAUUAGGCCUACGAUUUAAAUUCGUAAAUAUUAAUUUCGAAAAACUAAUAUUUUCUUCAUCUGGCAAUAAAGCGACAUACACCAGGUUAGCUGAGGUGGGAAGACUUGGAAUUCCAAAAAUUGAAGGAAAAUAUGACACUGGACAGCUUUUUUUACAUCGGGUUUUUGGGUAUCGAGGAGUGACACUGUUUCCCUGGCUGGCAAGAGUAUAUGACAGGGAUGUGCCCAAUAAGAAAGAAGACAGAACAAUGGAGGAAGGAAGUUCUGGGUUUAAUCACAUGGGCCGGGAAGUGAAAGGCCACACCCACACAUACUACCAAGUAUUGAUUGAUUCCAGAGACUGUCCAUUUGUGAGAACACAAACUGAAGCUGUAACAUUUUUGGGAAACCAAGACAACAGUAGAUCUCUGUAUGCCAUACCUGGUCUUGACUAUGUUGCUCAUGAAGACAUUUUGCCUUACACUAGUACAGAAAGUAAUCCACUUAACCAUGAACUUUUUGAUAAGUUCCUCAUGUUUGACCCAGAAAAAGAACCAUGUUUUAGUUCUCGAGAAACGUUACGAGCGUGGCAAGAAAAAAAUCAUCCAUGGCUGGAGUUAUCAGACGUACACAAAGAGACAACAGAGGACAUCAGGGUAACAGUGAUCCCAUUCUACAUGGGAUGUAGAGCUGCCCAAAAUGCUACAGUCUACUGGUGGAGGUAUUGCAUAAGGCUUGAAAACCUGGGGGAGCUAACAAUCCAGCUACGAGAGAGACACUGGAGAAUAUUUAGCCUGUCGGGAACUUUGGAAACUGUUCGAGGACGAGGUGUUAUUGGACAAGAACCUAUUCUGUCAAAGUCACAGCCUGCAUUUCAGUAUAGUAGUCAUGUGAGUCUUCAAGCCCCCAGUGGACACAUGUGGGGAACAUUCAGUAUGGAAAGAGAAGAUGGCUAUACCUUUGAUUGCAGGAUUCCUCCUUUCUCCCUCGAGAGUAAACAAGAUCCCUCCAGCCCAUCCUCUUCUGACUCCUGAGAUUUUGUAAAGACUGUGUUGAAUGGGAAGAGCUUGUUAUAAUUGACUUAAUAAACAGCAGUUACUAAAUGUAAAAUGGGCUUCUCUGUUGCAGAAUAUUAUAAUGUACUAUGAAAAGUGUACAGUUUUGUUUUGUGUCUGAAUAUCUGAGGCUUACAUCUUUUAUGUGUUUACAGAUUUAUAAAUUGUCCUCUUUGGAUAAUUAUUGUACCUUCUCAACAAAAAUAUUUCAGGUAUCUCUCUUUAUUAUAUCUUCAAAAGAUGAAAUUGUUUAUCACAUUUUUCUGGAAGUUUCUCAGCUGUCUGAAGGGAAGUUCAAAGAUGUUUAAUUUUUUAAAUAAACAUUUUCAGGGGAAAAGAUAAUUUUCUAUUAUAAAAACAAAAAGGGGUAUGUAUUCCUUUAUUGCACUGUCUAUGUAACAAGAAACUGUAUUAUAUCAGAAUACAUAAUUUGAUUAUAAGAGUUAAUAAAUUUUAUGGAACAUUGCACAUGAUUGUAGAUAUUUUCAUCGUCUUCAUAGAUAGCCUAUUAAUGAUUUUAAGAAACCAAAGUGUGUAUAAAAAUAAAUCUUUGUUUAGAAAAGAUCACAGGUAGAAGAACUUUUCAUUGGAUAUUGGAACUCAUCAGAGUAACUAGACUUGCAAUGACCAAA